UAACCACAUAUCGCGCGCGUACAACACAAUCUCCAAAAAAAGCGCGUGCCGCACGUCCCAAACGCAAACAAACGGCGUCUAAUAGUAAUAGGCAAAUCCCAAGAAUAGUGAAAGAGAAAAGCAAAGCCCUCAUCACAUCAUACUAAGCUCUUUUUUCUGCUGCAGCAGCCGUCACUACCACACUCUCUGCAACUUUCACACAGUACCGCACAGUACGGUACAGUAGUAGAGAGAGUCUCGCAUUUCGGUGUUAUCGCCGGAGAUCCGACCCGAUUCAUAUCGACGAGGCCGAGAUCAGGCGAAAACUUUGGUUUGCUCUCACUAGUCCGUAGAAAAUGGCUUCGGAGGACGUGAAGACUAGCGAAUCGGCGGUGUCGACCAUCGUGAACUUAGCGGAGGAGGCGAAGCUUGCGAGAGAAGGCGUCGUGAAGGCUCGCAGCCAAGCUGUUCUCAGUAUUUGCAAGUCUCUCGUUGCUGGUGGAGUCGCCGGAGGAUUGUCACGCACAGCUGUUGCUCCAUUGGAAAGGUUGAAGAUACUGCUACAGGUCCAGAAUCCCCAUAACAUAAAAUACAAUGGAACAAUUCAAGGCUUGAAAUAUAUAUGGAGAACUGAGGGUUUUCGUGGACUGUUCAAAGGAAAUGGUACUAACUGUGCACGUAUUGUCCCAAACUCUGCAGUCAAGUUCUUCAGCUAUGAGCAGGCUUCAAAGGGAAUCUUGUAUAUGUAUCAGCAGCAAACUGGCAAUGAGGAUGCUCAGCUCACUCCUCUUUUGCGUCUUGGGGCUGGGGCAUGUGCUGGAAUAAUUGCCAUGUCUGCAACUUACCCAAUGGACAUGGUACGGGGCCGGCUAACUGUACAGACAGAGAAUUCUCCUUAUCGGUAUAGAGGAAUGUUCCAUGCUCUAUCAACCGUGCUCCGGGAAGAAGGCCCACGGGCAUUGUACAAGGGAUGGCUUCCUUCUGUUAUUGGAGUUAUUCCAUAUGUGGGUCUCAACUUUGCUGUGUAUGAAUCUCUAAAGGAUUGGUUGGUUAAAGCUAAACCGUUUGGACUAAUUGAAGACUCUGAGCUGAGUGUGACAACACGGCUGGCAUGUGGAGCUGCUGCUGGCACUGUUGGACAAACUGUUGCUUAUCCUCUUGAUGUCAUACGUCGACGAAUGCAGAUGGUGGGGUGGAAUAAUGCUGCUUCUGUUAUCACUGGUGAUGGGAGGAGUGCAGCCCCGCUUGAAUACACUGGUAUGAUUGAUGCAUUCAGGAAAACCGUUCGACAUGAGGGCUUUGGUGCAUUGUACAAGGGCUUGGUCCCCAAUUCUGUUAAGGUAGUCCCAUCUAUAGCAAUUGCAUUUGUGACAUACGAGGUGGUGAAGGACAUUCUGGGAGUUGAGAUCAGAAUAUCAGACUGAAGUGCAGGGAACUCAAUGAUAAUUAUUGGACAAGUCUGCUAUUUUUGUAGGCAAGGGGAUAGAGAGACGGUAAACUAGGUAAUUUCUUCCUCCUGGUUAUUCCAGGAAUGAGUUAGAAGCACGUUUGAGCCUGUAUUUAUAAUUUGUUUUCCCCUGUUUUCCUUUCUAUGUUUCCCUAUGAAUAUGCUGUAGCUUUCAGCUUCCCAUUGAUAUGCUGUGUCAAUAAAUGUUUUGACAAUGCAAGAACACAUUUGCAUGCCUUCCAUAA